AUGAAUCUUGAGGGUCACAAGACGACUGCUCUUGCUUCUACGACUAGUGAGUCCUGCAUUGUUGACGUUAGUUCUGCGGACGUGGUGAUGCAGGAUUCAACGGUCGAGCAGAACGACUCGCGGACGACAACGACGAGGCAAAGCAAUGUGUUAGUUGAAGGUCGUGGAGAACACCAACAAAAUUUUGGACUCCGGAAUGCGCAAAGUAGUGAUGCUACGAUGUCUAUUAAGGCUAGAUUUUAGCUGUAGUAGGUGUCUCUAUUAAUUACUGUCAGUACUAGUAGGUGUUCCUAUUAAUUACGUGUCUAUUAAGGCUAGUUUUGCCUUUCAUCUUAAGGCCAAAGGACAUAGCUACUAACGGGGCAAGCGAACCCGAACACCAAAAGCCUACCGCUAAGUCUAGAUCGCGAACGCUGAAGAAGGAAGCGUCGGAGCGUGCGAUGGCUAGUGUCGGUCGAGUGAUGCCUUCCGUUUCGCCAACCUCACCGCUUGGUCGCGCAUAUCAGAAGCACGAACGUGCAAUACAAAUGAGCCAGCAAACGCUGACGGAAUUGCAAAGUAACUAUCGAAAUUUGUCGUCAGCUGCUGUUUCCCCCGGGCCUCGUUUGAGGGACAUGAGGACGAAACAAAAUCAGGUGGAUGGCACCUUAGCCACAAGCGGACAAGUUGAAGCGCCGUCCUCGGGAGUAUCAAAUCAAUCGUCGAUCGUUCAUCCAGUGCAGCACACUUGUGGUGCUGGGAGCAAGAACAGUAAAUCUGCACAGCGUGUCACAUGCUCUGCGUCUUCCAGUCGUGUGUCACCGAGGAACCGAACGCGCGCCACCUUCUACUCUCCUCCGCGCCGAGCUGCCGUGUGCUCACCGCGGGGUGCUAGAGUUUCUCCGUCGGCUGGAAAGCUGAAUCAAAGAGACAUCGGAGGAAAUAAUCAUGAUCUGGCAUGUAGAGAAAAUCUGUCUCACAACGCACCCGGUGCUCUCGUUGAUCACAGUGCAUUUACAACGACUGCUCCUGGCCCGAAAAUUAGUAAAUAUAUGGGUCAUGAGCCCGCCGCGGCCACUUCUACUACGUCUACUUAUUCUUCCAGCAUUGCCAUCAACAAGAACAAUGCACGCAGUGUUGCUUUGGGCCAGCGCAAGGUGCGCACGUGUCCGCAGAGUAGGCGCAUCUCUCCCGAAGUGAGUUCGGCACAAAGGCGUGCAGCCACCCGUGGCGCGGCGCGGGAGGAUGUCGGAAAUCCGGUUCUGAGUGCAGGACAGGUUCGCUGCGACAGUAUUCCUGGAGAAAACGAUGAAAGCACACAUCCUCGAGGAGAUGGAGGGGGUUCUUUGCUCUCAUCUGGUGCCAGACAGCGAGCGUUCUGUGAAGAAAACUCAGGCGCCACGCCGUUGCAGCGCCAGCCUGGACAUGCCGUUGCAGCGCGUAGUAGUACGCUGAUGUUUGGACAGCACCAGUUGGGCCAGUCCAGUCAAGUAGGGGUCGGCAAUGAAGGACCGCGCGCGCGUGUGUUUCUAUCUCCUCAACGUAGAGGGGGGGCGCCAGCAGUAUUCUCGUCUACGUCCACGACAGCCGCGUCUUCGGUUGCCGCUUCCCCGCAAAAUUCACAUAUCGCAAUGGGCCCUCUGCAUGGAUUUAGGGGAAACGGGCCAGCAAGAGGACAGUUCAAUGGACUACCUCCUAGUUCAGCUGGUGGGCGUGCGGCUGGAGGUGGAGCUUCUGGUUUCCAGGCAACCCCCUUCACCACAACAGCUCCUGCUACUUCACGCAACUUUCGGCCUCAUCUGAACGCACCGCCAGGAGCAAAUGGUGAAGCAACAACUACUGCUGUCAACUGUACUGCGGUAUCGGUAAGCGGCGGAAAUAGAGCUGGAGGACCCAGGCAAACAUCACAAGCUCUUCCUCUUGAAAGAGGUCCGAUGAUGUCUACGACCAACAUCACCCCACGCGUAAUGACAACGCAGCUUCCAGCUUCGACACUGGGCAGCAAGACUGCCUCCCUCACUUCUCUAGGAACAGGGAGCCAGAACUUCACGACGUCCUUGCAGAGCAACUAUCCUAUUGUACCGCUUGGGAGGGCCCAAAGUACACGCGAACCUGCACAAAUGCGACCACCCUGGGUAGGGAAGAGACCCUAAGAAGUCGUGACAAUGUACUUGGAAAACGACGAUCUUGGAAUACGAGAAUCAUGUUGUACCACUAGGAUCUUAAUGUACUAUCCAUGGCCAACUAAAAGAGUAAGACUUAUAUAUCUAUCAUUUCCGAAAGAUAUGUGAAAUGAUGGGUUUUUUUUUGGAUUCAUUGCCAAAACAAGACGUUGAUGAAGUACUUCCUUUGGCGAUGUGCAACUAAAGUUGUCGUGGUUUGUGGGACUCCCCACAGCUCCUACACCCAAAGAGUUAAUACUGGUUUCGAAUUUUGAGACAGAAACAUGCAAGAGUCAAGAAAUGUUACUGCUAAAAAAAAUAUGAAUGAAAAGAAUUGAAAUUCUCUCCUUGCUAGA